GUUGUGGUUUUGCGACCCGAAACGUCACACACGCUGGAUAAAAGUUCUGCUCUGGUUAUCUCCCACGUGGUACGGUUUGCUAUUUGUCGCUGUGUAUUCUUGUGGGUUUUUUUUUCUUAUAAAGUACGAAUAUGGAUACGGCAGGCCAGGUCAUAAAAUGUAAGGCAGCUGUUGCAUGGGAAGCAGGAAAGCCUCUUUCAGUAGAAGAUGUUGAAGUUGCUCCCCCAGAGGCUCAUGAGGUUCGCAUAAAGAUAAUUGCUACAGCAGUUUGCCAUACAGAUGCCUACACUUUGAGUGGUGCUGAUCCUGAAGGGAAAUUUCCAGCAAUCCUUGGCCACGAAGGAGCUGGAAUAGUGGAGAGUGUUGGAGAGGGAGUAACUAAAGUUAAACCAGGUGACAGAGUUAUUCCUCUCUACAUCCCACAGUGUGGUGAAUGCAAGUUCUGUUUGAACCCCAAAACCAACCUCUGUCAAAAGAUCAGAGUUACCCAAGGACAAGGUUUAAUGCCAGAUGGGACCACCAGAUUUACCUGCAAAGGGAAACAAGUCUUCCAUUUCAUGGGAACGAGCACAUUCUCAGAAUACACAGUUGUUGCUGACAUCUCUGUUUCUAAAAUUGACAAUAGUGCACCCUUGGAUAAAGUCUGCCUUUUAGGCUGUGGCAUUUCUACUGGAUACGGAGCCGCUCUCAACACUGCCAAGGUUGAACCUCGCUCUACUUGUGCUGUUUUUGGAUUGGGAGCUGUAGGCCUUGCAGUUGUUAUGGGCUGUAAGGCAGCUGGUGCUUCACGAAUUAUUGGUAUUGAUAUUAAUAAAUCCAAGUUUGAAAAAGCCAAAGAAUUUGGAGCUAAUGAAUGUAUCAGCCCUAAAGAUUACCAGAAACCCAUCCAGGAAGUGCUGGUAGAGUUAACAGAUGGUGGAGUGGACUAUUCAUUUGAGUGCAUUGGAAAUGUGGAUGUUAUGAGAGCUGCUCUUGAGGCAUGUCACAAGGGUUGGGGAACCAGUGUGAUUGUCGGGGUAGCUGGUGCAGGAAAAGAAAUAUCCACCCGACCAUUCCAGUUGGUAACUGGUAGAACAUGGAAAGGAACUGCUUUUGGAGGCUGGAAGAGUGUGGAGAGUGUACCCAAGUUGGUAUGUGAUUACAUGGCUAAGAAACUAAAAGUGGAUGAAUUCAUCACUCAUGCACUUCCUUUUGAUAAAAUCAAUGAAGCUUUUGAUCUGAUGCAUGAGGGAAAGAGCCUCCGUACAGUACUCAAUUUUUAGAACUGACUGUCAAGAUUCAUGCCAUUGCUUUCAGAUCCAUAAACAUUUUGACCUGCAGCUCUUAAUCGGAUUGUUUUACAAGUUGAACGUCUCUUAUUCGGCACUUAAAAUGGUUAUUAACACUUAAUGUGCAAUGUAUCAUUGAAAAUAAAGACUGAAUUGAUUACUUUG